CUGACCAACCCAGUGGAGAAUAUUACCCACGUCACCCUGGUGGGCUGUGAGGAGGGAGACCCGGAGGACAUCAACACCACUGCUAAGGUGAUGGUUCCUACCAAGGAGUUGGUCCUGGCAGGGAAGGAUGCUGCAGCAGAAUACGACGAGUUGGCUGAGCCUCAGGACUUCCAGGACCACCCAGACGUGGUGGCCUUCAGGAAGUCCAAUAAGAUUGGUUUCUUCAUCAAGGUGGUCCCUCAGCGCGAGGAGGACGGUGAUGUCACGGUGGCCUUUAAGAUUCGCCACGACUUCCGGAAUUUGGCGGCUCCCAUAAGGCCGAGCGAGGAGGACGAUGCCCCCACCGAGGCAAUAUGGCUCACACACCACGUAGAGCUCAGCCUGGGGCCGCUCGUAGCGUGAAGUUACACACACACACACACACACACACAAAAUACAUAUAUACACUGAGUAUACAAAACAUUAAGAACACCUGCCCUUUCCAUGACAGACUG